AUGAAUGCAGAGCUGUCAGAGCGCUUCAAAAGUGCUCGCCGCUAUCCAAACACCCACCAUGCUCUGAGCAAUCCACGUAAUGACGGACCCAAUCCCACUCUCUGUUUGGACAUUCGGGAGUAUCACAUCAAGCAAGGACAGAUCCAGUCCACUUCAGAGAAGGAUGCUUGGCUUUCUCAGGACGAGAUCCCGACAACGCAGGAGCUGGCAGCUGGCGAAGCCACUCUUCUUCCUAACAAGAUUGACAGCCCUUUCAAGAGCAAGGACAGGUACCUGAAAACUCACUAUGCACUACUUCGAGAGGACGCCGUCGGUAGCCUUCGUGAUGCUAUCCAGGAUUUCCGUCAGGACCCCGCGACUGGUGACACUACCAAGUUCUCAGUAUAUGACCAAGUCUACAUUGUCGGAUUUACUUUUGCGCGUCGAGGAGUGGCUGCCAGGAUCAAGUUUACAACGCGUCGGGCAGGAAGACGCAUCAAAUGGGAGAGCAGUAAAAGACUUGUCAGCGGCAGUAUUGUCGCACUCAUCCCAGCCAAAAACAAAGUCAUGGAUUUGAAUGACAUAGUUGUGGCUGUCAUCGCAGCAAGGCCGAUGGCCGGGUUGAUGUGUGAACCUCCGGAGAUCGACAUCUACUUCGCUCGCCCGGAAGAAAUCCAACUCGACCCCCAAAAAGAGUGGCUCAUGAUUGAAGCAAAGCAAGGAUAUUUUGAAGCGUACCGCCACACAUUGAAAGCCUUGCAAAAGCUAAGCCAAGAGACAUUCCCCAUGUGCGAUCACAUCUGCCAUCUUUCCCCCUGUGUCCAAGCACCUACCUACAUUGAUGAGAAUCCCACUCUCGACCUGAGCGUAGCUGCAAUCCCAGCGCAGAAGCAAGAAUACUCCAAAGUCGACGUCACCAAAGAUUGGCCUUCAGCUCCCGCCCAAUCACUGGAUGCUACGCAAUGGGAGGCUUUGAAAGAGAUUCUGACCAAGCGCCUAGCCAUUGUCCAGGGACCACCUGGGACAGGAAAGACAUAUGUCUCGAGAAUAGCACUUGAGAUUCUGCAUGCGAAUCGAAAGACCGCAUCAGACCCACCCAUAGUCAUUGCUGCUCAGACCAAUCACGCUCUAGAUCAGCUUUUGCAGCAUAUCUCGGUCUUUGAACCCAAUUAUGUUCGACUGGGGGGCCGUUCUACGAACCCAGAGGUGCAGAAGCGGGCUUUGUUCGCAAUUCGGACUGCCGAACGACUGAAGGCGAUUCCGGGUGGAAUGUUAGGCAAAACCAACAACCUGCUCACCAAACAAACAAACACCAUGAUUGGGAUCUUGGAACCUUUUGUUAUGUCGGGAGCAGACCCAUGGUCCACGGACCAGAUUUCUGGUCCCAAGACCCUCGAAAAUCUAGGAGCUAUCAGCGCUCAGCAAGCCCAGUCACUGGAAGAUGGCGCGUCUCAAUGGGUCUCGGCAACCACCACAGUAGAAGGCCCCAUACAAUUAUGGUUGGACAAAGCGCUCGUGCCAUUCGAGGUCAACUACACAAAAGAGAAUUAUGGCUUCGAGGAAAUUGAGGAUAACGAUCUCGAAUUCGAACAGCUCAGAGAAAAUGAAGACUCUACUGGAGUCAAUGAUGAGGAGGACAUCGAACUGCUAAAGGGUCCGUGGAAAGAGCUUCGUGACAGGUUCACCGUUCAGCCUCCGUCGCCAGCGGAUCUUAACAGAGCCACAAAGUUGCUGGAUACGGUUUCGGACUUGUGGAAGAUCCCGUCCUCCUGGCGUGGUCCUGUUUACCAUGUCAUCCAGUCACGAGCGAAGGACGCAAUUGCAGCCAAGUUCCGGAAGGAAGCUGCGGUCUACGCCCAACUCGUGAAAGAGAAUCUUGUUGGAAAAUGGGAACAAGAUAUCGUCUAUCUCCAAAGAGCCUCUAUUAUCGGCAUGACAACCACUGGUUUGAGCAAAUAUAGACCUCUCGUUUCAGCUCUUAAACCAAAGAUUAUCCUCAUCGAAGAGGCGGCCGAGGUGCUGGAAGCUCCUGUCACGGUCGCAUGCGUGGAAAGCCUUGAACAUCUCAUCCUUGUCGGAGAUCAUCAACAGCUUCAAGGUCACUGCAGCGUCAGAGACCUUGAAGGCGAACCUUUCUAUCUGAACGUCUCACUGUUUGAAAGACUUGUACGGAACAAUAUGCCGUUCAAAAUGCUGCUUCAGCAGCGUCGAAUGAUGCCCGAAUUUCGCCGACUCAUCUCCGUCCUAUAUCCACAACUGAUGGAUCAUCCUAGUGUCGUCGACCGCGCCGUUAAGUCAUGGGGCAUGGGCAAGAUCACAUCAUUCUUCUUCAACCAUGAAUGGUGGGAGGCCAAAGACGAAUCUCUCUCGACAUACAACUCGGAAGAGGCCAAAUUUAUUUCUGGGUUCUACCGUUACCUUUGCAGAAAUGGCAUCAGCCCUUCGCAGAUCACCGUGCUGACCUUUUACAACGGACAACGCAAACGCCUACUUGUUGAGUUGAAGGCCUUCCCUGAACUUCAGAGUGCCGGUAAGAUCAACGUGAAAACGGUCGAUUCGUACCAGGGAGAAGAGAACGACAUCGUCAUCCUGUCUCUGGCCCGAAACAAUGAGGAGGGUAAGAUCGGCUUCUUGUCCAACGUCAACAGAAUCUGUGUAGCUCUUUCACGGGCAAAAUUCGGCUUCUACCUUUUUGGAAACGCUAGAAUACUCAUGAAUGGGAGUGUUCAGUGGCAGACCGUUCUCACAUUGCUGGAAUCAAAUCCCAAGCGACGGGGCGAUGUUCUCCCUAUUCAGUGCAAGCGCCAUGGCAGGACAACCUUGAUGAAAUAUCCGGCAGACUGGGAGAGCAACGAAGGGGGUUGCAUGCAGCCUUGUGAGACAAUCCUACGUUGCGGUCACCGUUGCCCUCAUCUCUGUCAUCAAGAACCUCACGACGAAGUCCAAUGCACACGCGAUUGUCACAAGACGCUGCUAUGUGGCCACGGGUGUAGCGGCCAAUGUUCUCAAGAAUGCUUUUGCGUUUGUGAAGUGUUUGCCAACUCCAAUCAAGCCGAAGCGAUGGCAGAUGGGCAUGUUGGAUUUUUGCCCAACCCGACUGGCGAGAGGGGCCACAAACACGAGGAGAUAUUGGGUUCACACAUCAAUGGUCAGAAGCUCACCCUUAACAGCAGCGCGUCUUGCUUACCUCUACAGGGUCUUCCGAUCGAGACUAGAAAUGGUAUUGACCCACGCCGUACCUUAGCAUUGGCCCCUUCCAUUGCAUCAUCGCCACCGACGUGGCCUGGACAGUGGAAAACCGGUGACCGAGGAAGCGCAGCUUGGGGUCUGGCAUCACAAAAGACUCCUAGGACUAAUUCUUCAUCUCCGCGAAAGCAGGGUGGGCUUCGGGAGGGCUGGAAAGACUUUGCUAAGGGAGGUUUUAUCGCUGAUGACGAACGUCUAGAUUUACUCACGUCGCAAACAUUGCCUGACCAGCAGCGAAGCGGAUCUCUCGGAGUCGACACGGCUCUAUCUCCAAGAGCCCGAUGUGAGCCUCAGGGAAGCUUUCAGGGGUUGUCAAUCAAGGAAGAAGCUGUUGUCGCCAUAGAAAACGGCAGGACAAGAUACCUGCACAAAUUCCAGCCGCAAUCGGCCCACAGCAGAGAUUUGUUGCACACCGGGGCUCUCGGCAGUCAAUUCAAAAACGACAUCCGCACUGUCGAACAAAUGUACCCAUCCUCAGAUAAUCAAGGCGUGGCAGGACUAAGCAUUGCCACGGGGCGCAAAGAACCGAGCACUCCAGGACCGAAACAGCAAUCGACAGAGCAUACCAGACAAGCGAAGACGGCGAACGAUAUUCUCAACGACUUGAAAGAGAUUGAUGUGUAUUUCCAGAAACCUUGA